AUGAAAGCCCUAACCUUUGAUGGCGUCGGCAAGAUCAAGCUAGUCGACAAAGAGAAGCCCAAGAUCGAACAGCCCAACCAGGCCAUCAUCAAGCUUGUUCGAACGACCAUAUGUGGCAGUGACUUGCAUAUCCUCAAAGGCGACGUACCGACCGUCGAGCAGGGUCGUACUCUUGGGCACGAGGGUAUUGGUGUCGUCGAGGAAGUUGGAGCAGAAGUCAAGAAUUACCAGAAAGGUGAUCGAGUGUUGAUUGCUUGCAUAACCAGCUGCGCGACAUGUAGAUGGUGCAAGGAGAGCUUGUUCGAUGCCUGCAAGUCCGGCGGCUGGCAACUCGGUCACCUUCUCGACGGCACCCAAGCCGAAUACCUUCGCAUCCCCUUCGCGGACUCCUGCCUCUACCCCAUCCCGCCCGGGGCGGAUGAGCGUAGCCUGCUCGUAUACUCUGACAUCCUGCCCACCGGUCUCGAAGUCGCCGUGCUUCGCGGAAUGGUCAAGCCAGGCUGCACCGUCGCUAUUGUCGGAGCUGGCCCUGUUGGGCUAGCGAGUGCUAUCUGUGCGCAGCUCUACUCUCCGAAAGCGAUCGUGUGUUUUGAUCGUGAUCAAUUCCGCUUGGACAAAGCAAGAGAAGUUGGGGCGACCGAGUGCUACAAGGUGAACUCGGCGGCGGAGGCGCGAGAGGUCAGUAAGGGGUGGUUUGGAGACAAGGAUGGUUUCGAUGUUGUGGUGGAGGCUGUCGGCAUUCCGGAAACGUUUGAUAUGUGCCAGGAGCUUGUGGGUGUGGGUGGCAAUAUUGCGAAUGUUGGAGUCCAUGGGACCAGCGUCAAUCUCAAGAUUGAUAAACUGUGGUCGCGGUCGACGAGUAUGCGUCCCGUCUCGGGUGACACAAAAGCACCGCUGACGCAAAGUGUAGCAAUCUCGAUGGCGCUUGUGAGCAGCCACACGAUUCCGUUGCUACUGGAAUUGAUGUCUGCUGGGAAGUUGGAUACGAGUGCUUUGAUCACGCAUGACUUCAAGUUCAGCGAGAUCGAGAAAGCGUAUGAUAUCUUCGGUCGUGCUGCGGAGACCAAAGCGCUGAAGGUCAACAUCGAGUUUGAGUGA